AUGCAGCAGCGUUUGAAAACCAUUACCCUGCACGGACAUAUCUCCUCCCCCAAUGUCCUCAAAUGUGCAAUCACUAUGGAAUACCUGGAUGUUCCCUACGAGGUGAAAAUCUGGGACAUUGUCUUCGACAGGACGAAAGGCCGCAACCUCGACAAUUCCCUCGAUAAGUUGAGCCCCAAUGGCCGAGUGCCUGUAAUCAAUGACCCAAAUACGGGCGUAGAGCUGUGGGAGAGCGGCGCCAUUGUCAACUAUCUCAAACGCCAGUAUGACCACACGGCCAUGUUGGGGCCGAAGGGUGAUUCUGAGCAGUCGAUCAAGGACCGGGCCGAGCUGGACAAAUGGGAAAUGCUCUUGCUGACUACGAUUGGGCCCAUGACCGGCCAGCUGGUGUGGUUCUCCAUGUAUCACCACGUACCCAACGAAGACGCCAUCGACCGGUACUUGAAACAGGUGUAUCGGUACUACGACGUGGUCGAAGAGCAACUCAAGACGACGGGUGGCAAAAGUAUUUGUCCGUGGGGGUUUUCCUCGGCGGACAUCCAGUAUCAGCCGUGGUUAUCUCGUCCGACUUAUAUCAACGUGUCUUUGGAUGGCUAUCCCAACAUCCGUAAGUGGGUGGAGCUCAUGGGCAAGGAGCAACAGAUCCAGAAUGCCUACCAGAGGAUCAAGGAGGCUUCUGAAAAAGCAGGGCAUUGA